AAACACAUUCCACAUUCCCAGACGCGACGCCCACAGACACCCCGAAUCGUUUCUGUGAUGUACCCAUACUCGAGCGUCUGGAUGACGUAGCUCGUUCGUGAGUGGGAGUGACGUUGUGAGUCUGUGUGUAGUGGUGUCUGGCUGCUGGCUUGCUGUCUUGACGGUCAGGCUGGCACAGUACGCAAACCGAAGAGUUGGCGUUAGCGAUGAAUUGAGGCGAAGAAUACUGGAAAGACAAGACUGAAGAUGUAAAUGAAGGGUUAUAGAUUAUAUUUACAGAUUUUAAUUUUGGUAUUGACUUUUGUGUAGGUGAAAUUAAACAGACUAGAGAGACUGUAACCAGGACGCUAUACUGUGGGUGGAAAAACGAACGAAGUGCUCUAGUAGUAUUUCUAUUGGGGGUAUAAUUAGUGCAACUACGCAAUCUUUAGACCUUAGGUGUACAUAACAGCGAGAGAGCAUAUUUUCAUUGUAGAAAAAAAACUAACCAACAAAAUAGAUAGCGUUUUGUAUUUUAAUACUAUUAUCUCGACUGUAACAUUAUAUGUUUCAUUUAUAAAGGCAAAAAUUAAAGACGCAUUUUCUAUUUGGCUGUUACAUUUUUUUUAAAUUCGUGGAACCUGUAUUCGUUUCAGCAUACUAUAUAUCUAGGAAUAGGAACAAGAUACUAUAUAUCUAGGAAUAGGAAUAAGAAAAUCUGAUUAAUACAGCGGGGUGAGGAGGUAGGCAGUCCCGUGAAACUGGAUGUGAAUGUCAUUAACACAACAUAGUCAUAGGCGAGAGAGAGAGAGGGAGGGAGGGAGAGAGAGAGAGAAAGGGUAGAGCGAGAGUAGUGUGAGCAGCGUCCUUGUCAGCAGGGAAGGACUGAGCAGAGCUGGCGACUGAAGUGUCAGGAUAUAUCAGCAACCACAACGCAGACGGGAGUUUGGAAAUCAGCGAAGUCCAGACACAUUGCAACAGAGAGAGACAGCGAGAGAGCCGGGCAGAAGAAUUAAUUAACUGUUGCGAGAACUCGGGAUACCACACUGGCAUUUGAGCAAACCAGACUGUGUCAUUAAUCAGCCAUAGACAGACACAACACCCCCCUCUACUACGACUACGACUACUGUGGGGACUGAUUGAGGUUUGAAUGUGGAUGGUGGGACAAUUUUAAAUCGGAUUACCAGAGGGGCUAUCAUCAUCACAAUUAUAAGGACUAAGGCGCAUCGGAUUUUCCCGUUUCUUCUCGAUACUAUUUAUUUUCUGCUUACAACACGAUCUACUCCAUUCCAGUCAACCUACCGUAGUAAAGCGUACAAAAGGUCGGUGUUGUUUGCAGGGUGUGUAUUGGAGCUGUCUGGAGUCGCCCUGAACUGGAACUAACCACACGAUUUGGAUAGCCGAUGUGCUGGAGAUAACCGUGACCAGGAGGAAACAAUGGCCAGCACGCAACUUUAAAACCCCUUUUCUCAAGAAGCACCAUUUCUUAAAGGAGCGAUGAAGAAGCUGAGUAGGGAGAAAAUGGAGGACACUCCGAUUAAAAAAAGGCUUGUCGCAGAAAUGCAUCGGAAUGGGGGAAAAGAGGGGGUCCCUAAAACCCCCAAAAUAAAGAAAGAAAUUGUGGAAGACACUGGGGAAUCAGCAUCCAACGAGCGUAGCAAGCAGGUUCUGAUUCCUGGGGCAAAGCCUUUGGACCUGAGCCCUGGCUUGAAGCACACCCUGGCCCAGUUCCACAUCAGCAGCCAGGUUUCCUUGGGUGGACCAGCAACCUUUUCAGCUCGAAAUACCCAAGAAUGCAUGUCCCCCGGCGUCUUCAUGCCACUUGCCUCACCACCGGCAUUGCCAGGCCCCCUGCUUAUUCCUUCUGACACUUCCACUCAGCUUACUCAUGCCCUACUGGAGGGGGAAUCCAUUUCCUGUUUCAUGGUUGGCGGUGAGAAUAGACUGUGUCUCCCUCAGGUCCUUAAUUCGGUCCUGCGUGACUUUUCCCUCCAGCAGAUUAACACCGUCUGUGAUGAGUUAUACAUCUACUGUUCAAGAUGUAACGCUGACCAGCUAAACAUCUUGAAAGUGCUGGGCAUCCUGCCAUUCAAUGCACCUUCCUGUGGACUCAUCACACUGACGGAUGCUCAGAGACUGUGCAAUACUUUAUUGCGCCCAGGCACACUUAUGCAGAACAUCAGCAAGCAUGCAAGCAAGAGCACAUUGUCUCAACUGAAAGAGACCGACUCAAACUUCAAGGUAGAGCAUGAAUGCCUGGGCAAGUGUCAGGGCUUGUUUGUGAUGCAGUUAUACACACAGCCUAAUGCCCCCUGCAUCCAGUGCCUGGAGUGCCAGCUGAUGUUUUCUCCCCAGAAGUUUGUGAUGCAUUCCCAUAAGUCACCUGACAAGAGGACCUGUCACUGGGGCUUCGACUCGGCCAAGUGGCACUGCUAUCUCCAGCUUGGGAAAAAGUAUUACAAUACUCCAGAGGAGAAGCAGCUGAAGCAGCAGCUUGAAGAAAUCAAGGAGAAGUUCAGCUUUGAAAAGAAAAGGACAUUUGAAAAGAAGGACCAUUCUGAAGAUUUCCAGGUGAAAAAGGCACGCUACAGCCUCUCAAAUCUACAGGGCAAGCUACCCGACAAUGACUCGGUCAAAAAGCCUGAACCCCAGCAGGAUGUGCUGUUUGAGCACUGGUAUGCAGACAUCAAACAAGAUCCAGAUCAGGAUUCUGUCAUCCAUCCAAGCUACUACCUAUACAUGUAUGAUAAGGUAGUUGCCCCCAACGUCUCACUCCCUGCGUCCUUGACCCACGGCCGUGACUCUGGGAAGCUGCCAAGUAGAGCUCCAGAGGGAAGUGAGGAGGUUCUUGGUGCCCUGCUGAAGCACCCUUACCACGAAGGCCUGAAGAGUGCUUCAUCCUGCUCUGAAGGAUCUUUUGAUAAAGAGGAAGAACCACAGAGAGUGGCAAAAUCAGCUAGUGCCAUAGAUCGCCACACUAGAAGUUGUUCUGCAGAUCAAGUGAAAUCCGAACAUGUCGGUGAGCAUGGCCCCUUGGCUGUUGCCAAGGAAACCACCCCGAGUGAGCACGCCUUCUUUCCUUUCAUUAAGGACAUCAGCUCGGAGGAUGACAAGGACAAAAUCGUGGUGGAAAUUGUGCAGAUGUACACUAAACAGCAGGAGAGGCUCAACGCAACUCUGGAAAAGAAAAAGCAGUUGCAAAUGGAGCUGGAUCUGUUACGCAAACCCAGCAGGUCUCCUCGGCUGAAGGAGCUGUCAGAGCAGUGCGAGCUGCAGCAGGAGCUGGAGUUGGUGCAGAGCGAGCAGGUGAGCAGGCUGGAGGAGCUCAGAGAGGAGCAGAUGGAGCUGGAGAGGAGGCUGGAGCAGCUGAGGCAGCAGGGCUGUGCAUGUGACCGCUCCUCUGAGAGGGACCGGGAGGCACAGUAUGCAGCACAGCUGUCGGAGCUGCGCCAGAGGCUGGAUCAGGCAGAGGCUGAUCGCCAGGAGCUGCAGGAAGAUCUGCAGAGGGAGCGGGAGGCCCGGGAGAAACUGGAGAAGAUGAUUACUGAGAUGAAGCUCCAGAUAUCUGAGAAAAAUAACCAGGAGGCGAAGGUAAACUCCAAGAACAAAUAAACAACUGUUACUGGAGGGGGAAAACAAAUACAAGAAGAAAGAAACAAACAAAAAAAAAAAACCUUGCUGACAUUUUCUUUUUUUUAUGGACAAAAAUGUUAAAAUGGAGAGCUGUAUUAAUAGCAAGUUUAUGCCUAGUUUGAAA